UUAAAGAUUUAAAGGUAUUUUGGAACAGAAGGCAGGAAAUUGAGGGGAAGAGAAUCAUGGGCCAUUAGUUUCGAUGCACUUAAAAGUAAUCUUUUUACAAAUCCCACAUUAUAUCCUCAUUAUUUCUCAAACCCACAAACACACCACACUACUACUACUACUACUUCCCUCACCACACUGCAAUUUAUGCAAACAACAACAACAAUGCCAAUGCCCAGUCCACCUGACUCCCUCAACCAAAACUCCAACAACCCAUUCAACAACUUCCUCCACACCCUCCUCUCCGAUGGCAACGUCAUGCUGUCCGCCGUCAUAUCCCUCCUCCUCGUCAUCCUCUUCGUCCUCUUACUCCACGUCUACGCCAAGUGGUUCCUCGCUCACACCCGUCGUCGUCGUCGUAGCCCAAGCUCCGUCUCCGUCUCCCACGUCCUCGGUCCACCUCGUUUCCACCAUUUCAACAACACAUUAACUUUCGACACCCCCACUCUCUCUUCCUCUUCUACCACCAAAGGCCUCGAUGCUUCGGCCAUUUCCUCGAUCCCUCUGUUCGUGUACUUGUCUGAUCAAAACAAAGAGCACGGACUCGAAUGCGUGGUUUGUUUAAGCGUGUUUGAAGAUAAUGAAGUGGGGAGAGAAAUGCCUAAUUGUGGUCAUGUUUUUCAUGUGGAGUGUAUUGAUGUUUGGUUGACAUCGCACUUGAAUUGUCCCAUUUGUCGAGCGCCGGUACUGAUUGCGGAGAUCGAUUCGGUGUCAUCCAACGAUGCAGCGAGAGAUGAGGAAUCGGAAAUUGUGAUUGAAGUUUCGAAUUCUGAUGAGAAUAAUGAGAGUGGAAUUGGAGCGAUGAUGAUGAGUGAUUCGUUAUCGGCAUGUUCAUCGUCUUCUUCAUCUUCGUUGUCGUCGCAAGUAGCGAUGACACUGAGUGGUUCGUUGAAGAGGAUGUUGAGCAGGAACAGAUCUGAGCGUAAAAUUCAUCCGUCAAUGUCGUCCAUUGUUGAUGAAUCAAACGAUUGAGACAGAGAGAUGAGAAAGAAAUCAUCACUUUCCAUCCAUUUUCCAAGAUCAGACAUAUGUACAGUACCACCGUAGCCUAGUACUCAGGUUUGUUUUGAAUACUGUCGCGCACCGCCGAAUUCUCUGUAUCCAAAUUUUUAAUUUUUGUGCUCCAAAGUGUGUUGUCAGUGAUACUGUAUCAAAAGUACUGGUUCCAUUCAAUGUAUCAAAUACAUCUUGUGGACUACUUUUUUUUAAUUAAAUCAGGAUAAAUGAUAUUGAUAAUUUUUAUA